UACUACCUACACAGCAUAUAUUACUGACCCAUAUAAAGCACAGAUGACUAUGGACAGGGAAGAUGCGUUGUUGCAAAUGAGGAAUGAAGACACUGAUUCCAGCGGUGAUGAAGUGAGUGUAACUUCUUUGAUUUCACCUUCAAGUGGUCCGUUCAGGGGAAACAAGCGUCGUGCACGAACUACUUUCUCGCCUAAUCAGUUGCAACAACUGGAAAAAGUUUUUGCUGUAACACAUUACCCAGAUGUUGGUACACGUGAUCGAUUGGCAUGUAAAAUCCAACUUCCCGAAGCUCGAAUUCAAAUAUGGUUUCAAAACAGACGUGCCAAAUGGAGAAAAAGCGAAAAGUUAGGAAAGUUUGGUGGUUUGCAAGAACUAGUCGAUACGGAAGUUGUACCUGCCCCCAAGCCUCACUAUGUUAUUAAAUCCUCGGAGCAUGGAAUGGGCGACAACAAUCAAAUCAGACAAAACGAUGUAUCUCCUCCACCAAUACCUAGCUCCUACGAAAGUUUAUCUAAAUCCCCGAGUCACGUUAAAAAUCCCACCUAUCCACUUUGGAAUGAAGAUGCUCUCAAAUGUCCAAAUCAAAUAGGGCAAAUGUUUCCGAACUAUCAAAUGCCUGGAAUGUCGAAUUUUUUAGCAACAAAUCCAUUUUAUUAUGAGUAUUACAGAUCUUAUUUAAUGAAUACUCUGCAUUACAAGGAGCUGUUUACCGCAGCAAUUAACAGUAGUGACAAGGCAAUGCGUAACAGCACUGGCAGCACAAUUAGCAAAAAAACAGACGAGAAAUGAAGAUUUAUUCUUUACUGUGUUCGUGUUUUCAACCCAUAAUUUUUUAUUUAAACAUUACAAUUUAAUUUAUCAACUAAAUAGUUUGAGAUACUUAUAAUCGAAUUUAAUUUCUCACUGAAGAGUUUUUUCUUCGUUUUUCAAUUCCAGCAGUGAAUGUAAAUUUGGGUCAAAAAUAUGGUAUGUCAAAGUUAUAUUUUCAAAACUGUCACAGCAUCAAAAAUUCUGAAAUAAUUUGAAUUUUUUUUUUGUUUUUGCUCCAGAUUUGAAGUUAGCCAUGUUCAAAUUGUUAAUCUCAUAUCACAUCUAAAUAUUAGCUAUAGUUACCGUGUAAACUCAAAGCAUUUUUCGAUACCCGUAUCUUUUUAUAUUUGUAACGAGAAUCAUAAUUCCAACCUGAUUGCCUCUGAUGUCUAUAUUGAAUUUUUGAACUUUAAAUUCAAGCGAAUAUACAAAAUUUGGGCAAAGAAAUUGAACCGAAUAUCUGUAUGACAAGCAAAAGUCGUUGCUAAACGGAGACAUUUUUGCUGUUUUACGUCACCCAUACUUGAUAGACAAAGAAGAAGUAAUGAGGCCUCGCCUAACCAUUAUUAUUAAUUAAAUCCAUUUGUAUGUUUACUCUUCUCACAUGCUUUCGAUGGGAACGUAAAUUAUUUCAAAUGAGAAUUUUUCGAAGAUAAAUAGCAACGAGAAUUAAAUUAAAUCUCCGGGCAAAAUGAUCGACCAACUCAAAGUUUUUUCUAUAUAUAUGUAUAAUUUUGUAUCUG